CAAAAAGAGUUCGAAAUGCACGACUUUUUCCCUUCGCUGGAUUUUCUCUUUCUUGGACUUCCAGGCCACUACUCGGUAGCGCUGGUCACCCUUCUGUUGUGCGUUUUGAUCGCCUUCUACUUCGCAAAUAACUUCAAGGACAAAGGCGAACUAGAGGACGAGGGCUUGGGGGCCGACGAGCCGCGCAAUGAGGAGGAUUCCGAGUCGAGGACUCCGCCAGGGGAGGAAACCGACGACGACGAAGCCUACGAAGAGAACUCCAACGAAAGGGAAGUGGAGCUUAUCGAGGAACAGCUGCCCGAGCACAGCUACAACCACCUGAUGGGCCAGCUCAAGGCCAAGAGGCUCAAGCACAAAAUGGAGAAGACCCUGACUCCCAGCCAAAUCGAGGAAGAGCGCCGAAUAGAGCGCGAGCAGCUGGCGGCCAUCUUUGAGCUCCUGCGCAAACAGGAGGCGGAAUUGAACCUCCAGGACCGAAUAAGCGACCAGGAUCUCAAGCAGCAGGUGCGGCUCUAUCGCUGAAGUGGCGCCUGGUCUCACCCUACCUGAAUGUGCAGACUUGUGUGAUCUAUUAGUUUAAUGUUUAAAAUCCCAGGCUUUGCUGUUGCCACAUUCGGCCCACUAAGUGCGGGAAAGUCUUCAGUCAGAGAGCUAUCUAAUCAGUCGAUGAUGGCGGAAUAUAAUAUCAUAGUUGUAUGUAAAUUAUAUGUAUUCCACUUCGAUCUGUGUAUUUUGUGAGUUGCUGGUGUUAUUAAAAUCUGAUUUAUGAACGAUUCGUAGUAAAUGGCAAUUCAGCUUUCGAAUUAAGAAUAUAUGUAGUAUAUAUUUUUACAUGUUAAAAGAUGUGCUUAAACUCGCGAAAAGAAAACAUUCUACGUAAUAUAGUAUAUAGAUUUAAAAACAAUUAGUUGCCAAAUUCGAUGGUUAGAUUUAAAUUGUAUUUAUAUAACUUUGGAUUUACUUGUUCAAUAAAGAAUGUUAAGCUGUGUUAA